AUACUAGCUGGUCAGUUUAGAAACGUUUGUUGCGUAAAAUGACUCGUAUUCGUUUCGUUAUGUGUGCGCUGAUUUAUUGUAUUUCCAAUACUAAUGGACGUUCUGAUAAAUACGAGGCUAUUUUAGAAAACAUGAAUAACUGCCUUAAUCCGAACCCGCCGUAUAAUAAGAAGCCCAUCAUUGUGGCGACAUUCAACAUUCGAAAACAAAAAAACAAAGUAAUCCUCAGUGGACGCUACAUGGUCUUGGAAGAAGUGCCUUUUCUGAACUUCAGCCUUACCAGUUAUAACGUCGGCAACUUCGGGAAAGAAGAUGUGGAAUUAGUGAUAGAGAACGUCUCAUGUCAGAGCUGGAUGGGCAAGACUUUCCUGACCAUGGGUAAUUUUCGUUACUACAAGAAAGAUUGCCGAGUACGCCGGGGCACCUACGAUGUUAAUAAUAUAGACUUGAACACCGUGUUGCACAGCGUGCCGAACUACAAUUUAAGGGGAAGAAUCUUAUCCAAAAUGACACUGGUUUAUAACGGCUCUACUGUGCUCUGCCAUGAGCUACGUAUGACCGUAAAGUAAGUAAUCAUAUCACAGAUUACAGGCCAAUCUGCUUGCGACAUAUAUCGUAAUAUAACGCUUGAAACACCAGGAGUACGAGUAGAUUAAUGUGUUUGCAAUUCAUGCUUGUUAAAAUAAUAAUACAAAUAG